AUGUCUACAGAAACCAUUCAAACGCCCCUCUCCCAACCCAGAACUCGACCCCGUGCAGCAACAGAUAGAGCUCAGGCAGCUAAAACCGCUUCCGUAUCGUCUCGGCGAUCAUCACAAGCAAUGAGUCCUCCAACGAUUGCGACGGGUCGAAGCCCAGACAUAGAGACUCCGGCCAAAGUUAGCGACCAGGCGCGCGCAAGAGCAACCUCCGGACCCUUACGACAACCGAAACCCCUCUCGCCCUCCGAUAUCCAUUCGAUCCUAGAGCAGGAACAGGAAGCAAUGGUCAAUCGUCUGUCAAGGGAACUUUCCACCCUCCGUCACCGAACGUCUUCUAUCGCCUCGACAGCCUCGUCAACCUCGACAACACUCAACGAACCCCUCGAUGCUCUCCACGGAUCGCCAUACAUCGCCGGACCUAUAUACCCAACAGCAUCGCGGCGGCACCGGUCCUCUUCCAAUCUAAGUGCUUCCUUCUUCCCAGUAAUACAGGGCUCGCGAACGAAUGGUCGAGGUCGACGGCCGUCCCUCGUAUCUCCCGAGCGGUCUCAGAGUCUUAUAUCAGUAACAUCCCAACAUCAAGAGCGAAAACGGGAUGCUUCAGCUCAUGUUUCAUACGGCUCGCGCAUGCGUGGUCGCCGAAGCUCACUCUCGCAGCGGAUGCCGUCAGGAUCGAGCGUUGAGACAACUUCACAAGGAGAUGUGGAGUCUCUCGUUCAGGAAAACGAUGCGCUGAGGCGGCGUAUUCGAGAUCUGGAGCUGGAGCUCAGCGUGCAAAAAAGUCAAGCGCUUUCUUUGGAAGACUAA